AUGGACGGUCACGUGACGUUCGGCCACUACUUCGAGCACAUCCUCUCCUGGUACGCCCACCGGAACGACCCGAACGUGUUCUUCUUCUACUACGAGCACUUCAAGAGCGACCCCAGGAAGACUGUGCUGGCGCUGGCGAAAUUCGUCGAUGCGUCCAUUUGGCAGAAGUUACGCACCAACAAGGCACUGCUGAACGACUUGUUAGAGCGUAUCUCUUUCGCCAAACUUAAGUCGAGCGUCGUGAUCGACGCGGGUGAAAGCACUGGUGGUGCGGACGACCGCUCGACGACCCCGGAUGACCGUGCCAAAAACUUGCAGACGUCCGAGGAAGAAAUGGUGUCCCUUGGCAACUUUUUUCGCAAGGGUCAGGUGGGAGACUGGAAGAGUUAUUUCAAACCAGAGCAGGAGAAGCGUCUUCGUGAAAUGUACGAAAAACGAAUGCGCGGAACGGAGAUGUGGGACGUUUGGAAGGAAUACCUGGAUUACAAUGACUGA